UUCUGUCCAUAAGCCCUCCUAUUUCCCCCUGCCCCCUGGAUGCCUGCCUACCUUUACUCUAAAAUUCAGAGGAGGAUCCAAUACAUUUAGUUUGCCAGCUCUUCAGGAGGUAUCUAAGGAGGCUGACAGGAGUUGGAUGGUCUCUCUUGCAGCCAGUGGCAGUUAAUGUGGUCUGAAACCCUCUCUCUCUUUUUUGCCAUUCACACACAGUACUUACUCUUCAAGCCUGCUGCUGCUGCUGCCACUGCCUGAAAGGACCUGAAAUACCACACAGGGAAUUUUGCUUUCUUCUGGGGAACCGGGAAAAAAAAGGCAGGAAAACUCAUCUGGAGAUUGUGAAGAAGACAUACAGUAAUAGCAAGAAGUGGCAAGCUCUUUCCUUAUUAAACGCCGAAAAACACCUAAUUUCUCUGCCAGGUGUAUGGGACUUAGAUUCUCGAAGCACUGCACUGAACUGUUAAAGGUAAACUAUGACCACUUUACUAUUAGUGUUUGUGUGUUUGCGAGUCAUCACUGCAGCCGUCUCUGUGGAGCUCUCAGACAACAGUGAUGGCCUGGAAGUGAAGAUACCUGAGCAGUCUCCCCUGCGUGCUGUCCUGGGAAGCUCCCUGAACAUCCCCUGUUACUUCAACAUCCCAGAGGAAGAUGACACCAGUGCUCUGCUGACCCCACGGAUCAAAUGGAGCAAACUCUCAAAUGGGACAGAAGUUGUCUUGCUAGUGGCUACCGGUGGGAAAAUCCGACUCAACACCGAGUACAGGGAGGUGAUCGCCUUGCCCAAUUACCCCGCCAUCCCCACCGAUGCCACCUUGGAAAUCAAGGCACUAAGGUCCAACCACACUGGGAUUUAUCGCUGUGAAGUGAUGUAUGGGAUUGAGGACAGACAAGACACAAUAGAGGUCCUAGUGAAAGGCGUUGUAUUCCACUACAGAGCAAUCUCCACGAGGUAUACCUUGAACUUCGAGAAGGCAAAGCAGGCCUGCAUCCAGAACAGUGCUGUCAUUGCUACUCCCGAACAGCUGCAAGCUGCCUAUGAAGAUGGGUAUGAGCAGUGUGAUGCCGGCUGGCUGGCUGAUCAGACUGUCAGGUACCCCAUCCACCGUCCCCGAGAGCGUUGCUAUGGUGACAAGGAUGAAUUUCCUGGAGUGAGGACCUAUGGUGUCCGGGAGACAGAUGAAACCUAUGAUGUUUACUGCUACGCAGAGCAAAUGCGAGGCAAAGUCUUCUACGCCACCUCCCCGGAGAAGUUCACCUUCCAGGAAGCUUUCGACAAAUGCCGCAGUUUGGGAGCGCGUUUGGCCACCACAGGAGAGCUGUACUUGGCGUGGAAGGAUGGCAUGGACAUGUGCAGUGCGGGCUGGCUGGCAGAUCGCAGCGUCCGGUACCCCAUUUCGAAAGCACGGCCCAACUGUGGAGGAAACCUGGUGGGCGUGCGGACAGUGUACCUGUACGUCAACCAGACGGGGUACCCUCACCCCCACUCUCGCUACGAUGCCAUCUGCUAUAGUGGUGAUGACUUUGAAUCUCUAGUCCCAGUGCAGUUUACUGAUGAGACAGGAAGCGAGCUGGGCAGUGCAUUCACCGUCCAGACUGUCACCCAAACUGAAGUUGAGCUGCCUCUGCCACACAAUGUCACAGAGGAGGAGGCUCGUGGCAGCAUCGCUACCCUGGAGCCCAUUGAGGUCACACCCACUGCCACUGAGCUGUACGAAGGCUUCACUGUUGUGCCAGAUCUCUUCACUCCCGGUGUCACGGUAGAGACAGCUUUCCCUGAAGAAGAAGAGAACGUGACCAGAGAAGAAGUCACAGAAGUGUGGGCUAUGCCUGAAGUUGUCACGACCGCAGUCUCAAGCACUGCCUUCACCACCGGAACAGCAGAAGUGAGCUCAGUGGAAGAGCCUUUGGGGGUGACUGCCACACCAGGAUUAGAGUCUGCCUCGGCGUUCACACUGGAAGCUCAGAUUGUACAAGUGACAGCUUCCCCUGAUGUCGCUUUCCUCCCUGGGCAGCCCAUUUCUCCCACAGGUGUGGUGUUUCACUACCGUGCUGCCACCAGCAGAUACGCCCUCUCUUUCGUCCAAGCCCAGCAGGCCUGCCUGGAUAACAACGCUGUUAUUGCCACUCCUGAACAGCUCCAGGCUGCCUACGAGGCUGGCUUUGAUCACUGUGAUGCUGGCUGGCUGCGGGACCAGACAGUCAGGUAUCCCAUUGUGAAUCCGCGAAGUAACUGUGUGGGAGACAGAGAGAGGUCUCCGGGUGUGCGGUCAUACGGCAUGCGUCCAGCCUCAGAGACCUAUGAUGUAUACUGUUACAUUGACAGGCUAAAGGGUGAGGUGUUCUUUGCAACCCAGCCAAAUCUGUUCACUUUCCAAGAAGCUCAGGAGUAUUGUGAGAGCCAAAAUGCCACUUUGGCCUCUGUUGGGCAACUCCACGCUGCCUGGAAGCAGGGUCUGGAUAGAUGCUAUGCUGGCUGGUUAGCUGAUGGCAGCCUCCGGUACCCAAUCGUGACCCCACGACCUGCCUGUGGGGGAGAUGAGCCGGGUGUGAGAACCGUCUACCUGCACGAUAACCAGACGGGUUUUCCCGACCCACUGUCACGGCAUCAUGCGUUCUGUUUCAAAGCUCUGCCAUCUGUGGAGGAGGAGGAAGGGGUUACCUCGUUCUUUGAAGAAGAAAUCGUUGUAACCCAAGUGAUCCCUGGAGUAGAGGGGGUACCUUCCGGGGAAGAAACAACUGUGGAGAUGGAGUUUGCCAUUGAACUCGAGAAUCGGACAGCCUGGGGAACAGAAAUCUUUCCAACUGACAUAUCGCUGCUCUCAGUGAGUCCAUCUGCAUUUCCUCCAGCUACUGUAAUACCAGAAGAAACAAGUACCGAUGCUUCCAUCAGUGUGUCAGGGGAGAUCACUGAAUCUGGAGAGCAUCAAGUCAGUGGUGAAUCUUCGGCGUCUGGGUGGGUAUCUGGAGUCCCAGAUAUAAGUGGAGAAUCAACUUCUGGAAUUUUUGAACUUAGUGGAGAACACUCGGGGAUUGGAGAAAGUGGAUUACCGUCAGUAGACCUGCAUACCAGUGGCUUUCUAUCUGGAGAAAGUGGGCUACCAUCAGGGGACCUAAGUGGGGUGCCUUCUGGCAUUGUUGAUAUUAGUGGCUUACCUUCCGCAGAGGAAGACAUAUCAGUGUCUACUUCAAGGAUACCAGAAAUUAGUGGGAUGCCAUCUGGAGUGGAAAGCAGUGGGCUGCAUUCUGGAUUCAGUGGAGAAAUCUCUGGAACUGAGCUAAUUGGCGGCCUGCCAUCUGGCGAGGAAAGUGGACUCCCAUCUGGUUUUCCUACUGUGUCUCUUGUGGAUUCCACUCUGGUGGAAGUUGUAACAACAGCACCGGAGAGGCAAGAGGAAGGAAAAGGAUCAAUUGGAGUCAGUGGUGAAGGAGAUCUAUCAGGGUUUCCAUCUGCUGAAUGGGACGUGAGUGGGGGAGCCAGGGGGCUACCCUCAGGAGCUGAGCUCAGUGGAGAGCUGUCUGGAGUGCCUGAGCUCAGUGGUUUACCCUCAGGACUGGAUAUCAGUGGAGAAUCAUCUGGAAUACCUGAGAUCAGUGGCCUGGUGGAUCUAAGUGGCCUUAUUUCUGGUGUUGAUGGAAGUGGUGAGGCCUCAGGUGUUACCUUUAUAAAUGCCAGUUUGGUGGAAGUGACAACCCCCUCUGUUACAGAAGCAGAAGCAAAAGAGACUUUGGAAAUCAGUGGCUUGCCUUCAGGAACUGAAGACACAUCAGGCAUGGUACCUGGUAGUUUAGACAUUAGUGGUUCUGGGCAUAUAGACUUCGGCGGGAGUGUUUCUGGAGUCCUUGAGAUGAGUGGACUUCCGAGUGGAGUGAUUGACAGCAGUGGAGAAGUCUCUGGGGUUGAAGUCACUAGCGGCCUAAUGUCUGGAGAGGAAAGUGGACUCGCAUCUGGCUUUCCUACAAUCUCUCUCGUGGAUACCACUUUGGUUGAAGUUGUUACACAGGCGUCAGUUGCACAAGAGGUGGGAGAAGGGCCAUCUGGGACGAUAGAAAUCAGUGGCUUUCCUUCUGGAGACAGAGGAAUAUCUGGAGAAGGGUCUGGAGCUGUGGAGACUAGUGGGUUACCCUCAGGAACAGGAGACUUCAGUGGCGAGCCAUCUGGGAUCCCAUAUUUCAGUGGAGACAUUUCUGGAGUCACAGACCUAAGUGGACAACCUUCAGCAGAGACUGAUAUUAGUGGGGAGGUCUCAGGGCUUCCAGAAGUCACUUUGGUCACUUCUGAUUUGGUUGAAGUUGUGACAAAGCCAACAGUUUCACAGGAACUGGGUGGGGAAACAGCGGUCACAUUUCCCUAUAGUUUUGGGCCAAGUGGUGAGGCCUCUGCAUCUGGUGAACUAAGUGGGGAAACAUCCUCAUUACUACAAACUGGUAUAGAAACAUCAACAACUUAUGAAAUCAGUGGGGAAACAUCUGCAGUUCCUGACAUUGGCAUAGAAACAUCCACAGUUCAAGAAAUCAGUGGGGAGACUUCUGCAUUCCCAGAAAUCAGAAUAGAAACAUCCACUGGUCAAGAAAUCAGUGGGGAGACAUCUGCAUUCCCAGAAAUCAGAAUAGAAACAUCCACUGGUCAAGAAAUCAGUGGGGAAACAUCUGCAUUCCCAGAAAUCAGAAUAGAAACAUCCACUGGUCAAGAAGCCAGGGGUGAAACAUCUGCAUUCCCUGAAAUCAGAAUAGAGACAUCCACUGGUCAAGAAAUCAGUGGAGAGACAUCUGCAUUCCCUGAAAUCAGAAUAGAGACAUCCACUGGUCAAGAAAUCAGUGGAGAGACAUCUGCAUUCCCUGAAAUCAGAAUAGAGACAUCCACUGGUCAAGAAAUCAGUGGAGAGACAUCUGCAUUCCCUGAAAUCAGAAUAGAGACAUCCACUGGUCAAGAAAUCAGUGGAGAGACAUCUGCAUUCCCAGAAAUCAGAAUAGAGACAUCCACUGGUCAAGAAAUCAGUGGAGAGACAUCUGCAUUCCCAGAAAUCAGAAUAGAGACAUCCACUGGUCAAGAAAUCAGUGGAGAGACAUCUGCAUUCCCUGAAAUCAGAAUAGAGACAUCCACUGGUCAAGAAAUCAGUGGGGAGACAUCCGCAUUCCCAGAAAUCAGAAUAGAGACAUCCACUGGUCAAGAAAUCAGUGGAGAGACAUCCGCAUUCCCAGAAAUCAGAAUAGAAACAUCCACUGGUCAAGAAAUCAGUGGAGAGACAUCUGCAUUCCCAGAAAUCAGAAUAGAGACAUCCACUGGUGAAGAAGCCAGGGGUGAAACAUCUGCAUUUCCUGAAAUCAGCAUAGAAGCAUCAACAAUCUUUGAAAACAGUGGGGAAACAUCUGCAUUUCCUGAAAUUAGCAUAGAAACUUCAGUUCACGAAAUCAGUGGGGAAACGUCUGCAUUCCCUGAGAUUAGCAUAGAAACUUCGACCGUCCAGGAAAUCAGUGGGGAAACAUCUGCAUUCCCAGAAAUCAGAAUAGAGACAUCCACUGGUCAAGAAGCCAGGGGUGAAACAUCUGCAUUCCCUGAGAUUAGCAUAGAAACUUCGGUCCAUGAAACUAGUGGGGAAACUUCUACAUUUCCUGAAAUCAUCAUAGAAACCUCGACAGUCCACGAAAUCAGUGGGGAAACAUCUGCAUUCCCUGAGAUUAAUAUAGAAACAUCCACAAGUCAAGAAGCCAGGGGUGAAACAUCUGCAUUCCCUGAGAUCAGCAUAGAAACUUCAGUCCAUGAAACCAGUGGGGAAACUUCUACAUUUCCUGAAAUCAGCAUAGAAACUUCGACCGUCCAUGAAAUCAGUGGGGAAACAUCUGCAUUCCCUGAGAUUAAUAUAGAAACAUCCACAAGUCAAGAAGCCAGGGGCGAAACAUCUGCAUUCCCUGAGAUUAGCAUAGAAACUUCAGUCCAUGAAACUAGUGGGGAAACUUCUACAUUUCCUGAAAUCAGCAUAGAAACUUCGACAGUCCACGAAAUCAGUGGGGAAACAUCUGCAUUCCCUGAGAUUAAUAUAGAAACAUCCACAAGUCAAGAAGCCAGGGGUGAAACAUCUGCAUUCCCUGAGAUUAGCAUAGAAACUUCGGUCCAUGAAACCAGUGGGGAAACAUCUGCACGUCCUGAAAUUAGCAUAGAUACUUCAACAGUCCAUGAAACCAGUGGGGAAACAUCUGCAUUUCCUGCAAUUAGAAUUGAAACAUCCACAAGUCAAGAAGCCAGGGGCGAAACAUCUGCAUUCCCUGAGAUUAAUAUAGAAACAUCCACAAGUCAAGAAGCCAGGGGCGAAACAUCUGCAUUCCCUGAAAUUAGCAUAGAAACAUCCACACUUCAGGAAGUAGGUGGGGAAGUUUCUGUGUACCCUGGAGUUAGCAUAGAAACUUCAACAAUGCAUGAAAUCAGUGGUGACACAUCUGCAUUUCCUGCAAUUAGAACUGAAACAUCUACAAGUCAAGAAGCCAGGGGUGAAAUAUCUGCAUUUCCUGAAAUUAGCAUAGAAACAUCCACAGUCCCUGAAACCAGCAGUGAAACUUCUGGAUUGCCUGCUGUUCACAUUGAAACAGCUACCACAUCUUUAGUCAGUACUGAGUCUUCUGGAGCUCCUGAGGAGAAGGAAAUUCCUGAAGUAACAUCUGAAACUCUGACACACUCAGUCACAGACAUUUCAGGGGAAACCUUUGUCCCAGACAUUGUAAUUAGUACCAGUAUUCCAGAUGUUGAAUUAACACAGGAACCCAAGAAUCCUGAAGAGGCUCAGCUUGAAAUAGAGUCCUCCACUCCCACGGUGUCAGGACAAACGACAGAAACUGCUGUUGUUCUAGACCCUCCACAUCCGUCAGCCACCGCUACUGCUAUCCUGCCUCAAGUACCACAAGAAGCAGUAGAUGCAUUAGGACCCACUACUGAAGACAUUGAUGAGUGCCACUCAAGCCCCUGUCUGAAUGGAGCUACCUGCGUUGAUGGCAUCGACUCUUUCAAAUGCUUAUGCCUUCCCAGCUACGGAGGGGACCUGUGUGAGAUCGACCUGGAAAAUUGUGAGGAAGGUUGGACCAAGUUCCAGGGCCACUGUUACAGGCACUUCGAAGAGAGGGAGACUUGGGUGGAUGCAGAGACCAGAUGCCGAGAACAUCAAGCCCAUCUGAGCAGUAUCAUCACCCCAGAAGAACAAGACUUUGUGAACAACCACGCGCAGGAUUACCAGUGGAUCGGUCUCAGUGACAGGACUGUUGAGAAUGACUUCCGCUGGUCUGACGGGCACUCCCUGCAAUUUGAGAACUGGCGGCCCAAUCAGCCCGAUAACUUCUUUGCUGCUGGUGAAGACUGCGUCGUGAUGAUCUGGCAUGAGCAAGGCGAAUGGAACGAUGUCCCGUGCAAUUAUCAUCUCCCUUUCACGUGCAAGAAAGGAACAGUUGCCUGUGGGGACCCCCCGAUGGUGGAGAACGCCAGGACCUUUGGCAGGAAGAAGGACCGCUAUGAAAUAAACUCCAUGGUGCGGUACCAGUGCAACCACGGUUUCAUCCAGCGCCACGUGCCCACGAUUCGGUGCCAGCCCAACGGGCAGUGGGAGGAGCCACGGAUAUCUUGCACGAACCCCUCCACCUACCAGCGCAGACUAUACAAGAGGAGCCCCAGGACUCGGUCGAGACCCAGCGGCAGAGCCGUGCACAGACCCACCCAUUAGAGCGGGGCAGGAGAGACAGAGGGGGAAAAA